AUGAUCCCUCAUCAAUCUCCGGUUAGCUCAAUGCCAGUUCUUGAAUCUAUUGAAUCGCCACAAACUGUUCCUUUGGUCUUCACCGAUGUAAAUGUUGUUCCUGAGCAUCAAGGGAAUGAGCUUGAAAAAUCAAUAUCAAGCCUCCAAGGAGAAGUUUUGGGAUUGAAGUCGAAGCUAAAGUUAUUGGAUGAAAAGAGAAAGGAAGUUCUGAAUAAAAUUAUAGACACCAAAGGAAGUAUACGUGUGUUUUGUAGAGUUAGGCCAUUUCUACUGACAGAGAGGAGACCGAUUAAGGAACCUGUUUCGUUUGGACCAGACAAUGUUGUUGUAAACUGUUCUGGAGCUCGGAAGGAAUUUGAGUUUGAUAGAGUUUUCCAUCAGUCAGCAACUCAAGAAGACGUUUUCGGAGAAGUGAAACCGAUUCUUAGAUCUGCUCUUGAUGGUCACAAUGUUUGUGUCUUGGCGUAUGGUCAAACGGGGACAGGCAAGACUUUCACCAUGGAUGGCACAGAGGAGCAACCAGGCCUUGCUCCUCGAGCUAUUGAAGAGCUUUUCAGUGAAGCUUCAUUGGAUCAUACACAUUCCGUGACAUUUACGAUGAGUAUGUUGGAAAUCUAUAUGGGUGGCUUAAAAGAUCUUUUGUCUGCAAGACAGUCUUUGAGGUCAUAUGAAGCAUCAACUAAAUGCAACCUUAAUAUUCAAGUAGACUCAAAAGGUUCGGUUGAGAUUGAGGGCUUGACUGAAGUGGAAGUAACGGAUUUCGCAAAGGCUAGAUGGUGGUACAACAAAGGGAGACGAGUCAGAUCAACUUCUUGGACAAAUGUAAACGAAGCUUCGAGCAGAUCUCAUUGUUUAACAAGGAUUACAAUCUCUCGUCGUGGGGAUGCUGUGGGGUCAAAAACUGAAGUUAGCAAGCUUUGGAUGAUAGAUCUCGGAGGAAGCGAGAGGCUGUUGAAAACCGGAGCAAUAGGACGAACUCUUGAUGAAGGAAGAGCCAUAAACCUCUCACUUUCCGCUCUUGGAGACGUGAUUGCAGCUUUAAGAAGAAGGAAGGGCCAUGUGCCUUACAGAAACAGCAAGCUAACUCAAAUCCUUAAAGAUUCUCUAGGUACUAGAUCAAAGGUUCUGAUGCUUGUGCACAUAAGUCCACGUGAUGAAGAUGUCGGUGAAACUAUUUGCUCUCUGAGCUUUACAAAACGUGCGAGAGCCAUAGAGUCUAACAGAGGAUUAAUAACAGAGCUUCAGAAGGUAAGAGAAGAGAAAUUAUCGGAACUUGAAGAAGAAAUGAGAGAAACUCAAGAAAAUUGCAAGAAGAUCAGAGAACGGUUACAGGAAGCAGAGUGUUUGCUUAGUGAAAACAAGAAACUCUUGUGGACCAGUAAUGAUAGUUAUCAAGAAGACAUCGAAAAUAAAGUUCUCUUACCUACCGAUGCAACCCUAAGAUCAUCUGAUAAACUUGUCAAAAUAAGCAAGAGCUCUGGGUUUAAACCACGUUUCAUGACUUCAACUGUUGCUAGUCGUCAAAGGCAGGCAAUGUCAGAGAAGGAAAUCAAUGCAAAGGCUCAGAGCAUACGAUCAGUGGCUAAAAAUCUUACUCAGCUCUCCACUUCUCAGUCGCUUAGCCUCUCUGACUCACGUGGCAGAGGUCUACUUAGAAGAUCAUACACAAAGCCGCUUCAAGCUGCAGCUAAUAGUGCAACACCAGAAACGCCUAAAAAGGAUAUUAAAGACAAAUAUACUUCUUUGCAAAAGAGGAAUAUUAAUGAUGCUUCUUUGCCAAAGAGCAAGAUGGUUACUUCAUCAGAUCCAAAUGUGAGAGCUAAACUGUGUCACCACAGACGAAGAAUGUCAAGCUUGACAUGA